GGAAGCGGACCGAAAGCAAGUGUCUCGAAGUGAAAAUUAAGCGCGACUUGCGAUUUCAAAAGUGAAAUUAUUUCAGCGCUGUUGUUGAUAACUUUACAUACAUUCGCACUCGGGCAUACAUACAUACAUAUGUAGUACGUAAAUAGAAGCUGCAGAUUAAAAGUUUACGAAGUAUUCAAUUUAGCAACGAGUAUAUGAGUUUUUCGACAUAGGCAAUAAGAUGAUGCGAUUGCUGCAGUCUCGUGCCACACUAUCAGUGACUGUUGCAACGGCCUCAGCAACGAAAAGCAAUGUGAUAACAGCGAAGGAUGGAGCGACAAAGUCAUUUAAUAGAUGGCGUCAUCACGGUAAAGUGAUUGCCAUACGACGAGAGGAUCAAUCCGUUUGGGAGCGACGAGCUCCAUUCGGGCCUUCGCAUGUGCAAAAAUUAGUAAAACAGGGCGUUAAGGUCAUAGUACAGCCCUCGAAUCGACGUGCCUAUCCCAUGCAGGUUUAUUUGCAUGCUGGAGCAACGGUGCAAGAGGAUAUCAGUGAGGCUUCCGUGAUAUUUGGUGUGAAACAAGUGCCGAUCGAUUCGCUCAUUCCAGGAAAGACAUAUUGCUUCUUCUCGCAUACCAUUAAAGCCCAGGAGUCGAAUAUGCCUCUCCUGGAUGCCGUUUUAGAGAAGAAUAUCCGUCUGAUUGAUUACGAACGCAUAGUGGACGAGCGUGGCGCACGUCAAGUCGCAUUCGGCAAAUACGCUGGCGUAGCGGGCAUGGUGAACAUACUGCAUGGUGUUGGUUUACGUCUUUUGGCGCUGGGACAUCACACACCCUUCAUGCAUAUCGGACCGGCGCAUAAUUACCGGAACUCGUCGAUGGCGCGACAGGCAAUACGAGAUUGUGGCUAUGAAAUCUCGUUAGGCAUGAUGCCUAAAUCAAUAGGUCCGUUGACUGUUGUGUUCACUGGGUCGGGCAAUGUGUCACAGGGUGCGCAAGAGGUAUUCCAGGAGUUGCCGAUUGAGUAUGUGCCACCUGAGAUGUUACGCAAAGUGGCUGAGCAUGGCAGUCAGAAUAAGUUGUAUGGCUGUGAAGUAAGUCGCUCGGAUCAUUUGGAGCGACGUGAAGGUGGUGGCUUUGAUGCUCGUGAAUAUGAUGAGUUCCCCGAGCGUUAUAUAUCGACGUUCAGUUCCAAGAUUGCACCAUAUGCUUCAGUGAUCAUUAACGGUAUCUACUGGGCAGUAGGUAGUCCGAAAUUGAUAAGCAUACCGGAUGCUAAAAAUUUAUUACGACCCGCGAACACGCCUUGGUUGCCAACCAGCAAAGGAAGUCCAGCGCUGCCGCAUCGCAUGUUGGCUAUCUGUGAUAUCUCUGCCGACCCGGGUGGCUCCAUUGAGUUCAUGAAUGAGUGUACUACAAUCGACACGCCUUUCUGCUUGUACGACGCCGAUCGCAAUAAGGACAUGAAGAGCUUUAAGGGCCCAGGCGUUUUAGUCUGUUCAAUCGACAAUAUGCCCACACAGUUACCACGUGAAUCGACGGAUUACUUCGGAGAGCUGCUUAGUCCAUUUGUGCACGACAUAAUUAAGAGUGAUGCCAAAAAACCGCUCGAGGAGGAAAACUUCCCAUAUCCAAUCAAAUCGGCGAUCAUUGCUAGCAACGGAAGACUGACCGAUAACUUCCAGUAUAUACAGGAGCUGCGCGACUCCAACAGCUAUCGUUCGCGUCACAAAAUCGAAGGUCGCUUCGAGUCGUCCAAGAAGGCGCUUAUCUUGGGUGCAGGUAUGGUUUCAGCGCCACUAGUCGAGUGGCUGGCUCGCGAAAAUGAUGUCUCGAUUACCGUCUGCUCCGCUUUGAAGGAAGAAGCGGAUGGCUUGGCACGGAAAUAUAAUGGAGUUGACAGUGUGUACCUUAAUGUCACCGAAAACACCGAUCAUUUACAAGAGUUGUGCGCCAAAUCAGAUGUUGUCAUCUCCCUGCUCCCUUACGGUUUGCACGGCAUGGUGGCUAAAUGUUGUGUGGCUGAAAAAACACACAUGGUCACAGCCAGUUAUUUGAAUGAUGAGAUCAAAGAGUUGCACGAAGAGGCGCGUCGCAACGGUGUCACCAUUAUGAAUGAAGUCGGUCUCGAUCCAGGCAUUGAUCAUUUACUUGCAAUGGAAUGCAUUGAUGAGGUGAAGGAGAAGGGCGGCGUUAUUGAAUCAUUUGUUAGCUUCUGUGGUGGUUUGCCGGCGCCUGAGCACUCAGACAAUGCGCUGAGAUAUAAGUUUUCUUGGUCGCCACGUGGUGUCCUAUUGAACACCCUGUCUGCAGCGAAGUAUUUAAGCAAAGGGCAGAUUGUAGAGAUUUUAGGUGGCGGCGAUUUGUUAUCAAAUCCGAGAGUUCUCAAUUUCUUGCCCGGUUUUGCACUGGAAGGUUUUCCGAAUCGCGAUUCAACAAAAUACGCUGAGCUUUAUGGGCUGGGCAAAGAUGUCCAUACGCUGCUGCGUGGCACCAUACGAUACCAGGGUUUCUCGCAGUGUGUGCAGCCGAUGCAAUUGCUCGGUUUGAUUGAUCCUGAGCCGCACCCAAUGUUGCAUCCACAUGGACCGGAUGUAACGUGGCGCCAGCUAGUGAUCAACAUGUUGGGUAUGUCCGAUUCGAGUAUCUUCUAUGAGAAUUUAAAGCAAAAGUUGGCCGAACGUAUCGGAGAUGCUGAAGGCAUAGAGAGUCUGGGACUAUUGGAAGAUACGCCGGUGGUAAAGUUGAAUACACCAUUGGACACAUUAAGUCACUAUUUGGCGAAGCGCUUGGCAUUUGAACCUCAGGAACGUGAUUUGGUCAUAUUGCGUCACGAGGUGGGCAUACGUUGGCAAGAUGGCCGACGCGAGGAGCGUGGCAUCAACUUUGUUGUUUACGGACAACCUGGCGGUCACUCCGCAAUGGCGCAAACUGUGGGCAAGCCCGCGGCCAUAGCAGCCAAGAUGAUUUUGGAUGGUGAAAUACAAGAGCGCGGUGUAUGUUUGCCCUUCACGCCCGACAUCUAUCGUCCAAUGUUGCAACGUCUACGUGCUGAGGGAUUAACGGCAACGGAAACCACCAGAAUCAUUAACUAGUUGAUAAACUAGAUUUUCGUUAAAAUUUAAUUGAGAAAACAAAAAGUCUUGUUUUAUAGUUAUUUAUAGCUUUAUAUUUUUCCAAAAUUUAGUAUAGAAGAUAAUAAAGACUUUGGCGCUUGGUCGCUUAAAAGCUCUUA